AUGGCUUAGUCUUUGAUAUUUCUUAUUCAAUUAGUAUCUGGAAAUGAAAUUACAAGAGAUUAUUGCUCAUUACCAGAUCCAAUAUAUGCAAAUGGUGUAUCAGCUGCAGCUGCAUAAUUUGGAAAUAAUGGAUGGAGUUAUGCAAAUAUAAAUGAUUGGGAAAGUAAUAUAUUUAGUUUAUUUUAGGGAUUGUUGUUACUUGUGGAGGUAGUCUUCAAUCUCCAAUUGAUAUUUUGACAUCAGAAGCUGAAUAAGCCAACACAUAGCCCAGUAUUAAUUAUAGAGAUAAAGGUUCUGAAGUUGAAUACAAAGAAAUAGAAAGUAUAUAUUUUAUCUAAGAAAAUAGAACCAUAUACCAAAUAAUAUGAAGGAGAAUACUCGUCAAUUGAAGUUGCAGAUGCUUCAGGAUUAUAGAUUAGAUAUUAUGCAAAAUAAUUUCAUAUUCAUGCCCCUUCAGAGCAUACUAUAAAUGGAAAGUAAUAUGAUCUUGAGAUACAUUUUGUUCAUUAAGUUAUAAAUAAUAUUAUUGUUUUUAGGCCAUUCAAGAUUAAGAAUAAGAUUGUAAUAAGAUAAAGAAUAAAUUAACUGUGUUUGGUCUUAUGUUCGAAGAGUCUUCAUCAACUUAAGAUUAUGAUGUUUUUAAACCUUGGUUUGAUGGAGAAGUAAAUGGAGAAGUUAAAUAAUUUGACUUAAAGUAGGUUGCUAUUUUAUAUUUAUAGUGAUUUCUUUUCUAGAAUGAGUGACACAACUUAUUAUCAUUAUAAUGGUAGUUUAACAACACCUCCUUGUUCUUAAACUGUUAAUUGGAUUGUUUUUGAGAAAGCGUUGCCAAUCUCACCUAAUCAAUUAAAUUAAUUCAAAACUAGUUUUUCAGAUACUUCUGUUUUCAAAUUCAUGUAAAAUAAUCGUCCUAUUCAAAAUUUAAAUGGAAGAAAGAUAUUGAAAGGAGUAAUUUUAUUUAAAAUAUUUUAAGACUGUAUAAACAAUUGGUCUGGCAAUUUUACCAGAUUCAUAUGCAUCCUAUGCAUAUAUUUUAUUCAUGACAUUGAUUAGUUUAUUGUUUUUAUGA